AUGAACCGCACAAAUUCUCCAUUUGAUGAAGCCUAUGUAACGUACAGUGGAUUGGAUCUAACUUUAAAAGAUCAAUCUGUCUUGGGAUCACGUGUACAAGCCUCAUCGACACCAAGACGAUUGAAUUAUAUCCCGACAAGAAAUCUUUACGGACAAAAUGAAUAUUAUUGCUCAGAACAAUUUAACACAGAAAAUAAUUCCAUUUUCACUAGUGAACAUCCAAACCAAGUUCAAAAUAUCAAAGAAUCUGUAGAUAAUAGUAAACAAACUGAUUUAAAACUUGGAUUUAACUAUAUUUCAGGACUAUGUAACAGUAAGAAUUCAAUCAUUUCUUGUUACCACUCAGUACAAUCAAAUAAUUUGGACUGCAGUGAAGAAACUGAGGAUCUUGAUAAAUUAAGUCCUCUUGAUUUACGCAUUAAGUCAUUUUCUGACGAUGUUUGCUUGAAUAGCAACAUAGAUAAUAAAUCUUUGAUCUUUACCACAGACACCAAAGUAGAAUGUGAAAUAUUCACCAAUACUCUUUUAUCUGAUGAAAUGAUACAUCGGAAUAAACGUUCAUAUACUAGCAAACAACCAGGCAACUCAUUCAACAUUCAAUCCUUACUAGAAGUAACAGAUCAAUUUAAAGCAUUUCCUGAAACUGUCAAUACUACAGAUAGUAAUACAUUUGGUAGUAACAUGAAAAGUAACUUCACUAAUAUGAAGAUAAUCGAUCAAGCAAACUCUUCAAAUUUUUCUUUCGAUCAAUUUCUAAUGGAUCAUUUACAAACAAUGAAUCCACUACUAUUGAAUUCACAAAGAACUCACAUAAAGAGUUCGAUUACACCAUCACAACUAAUAGACAUUACACAGCCCAUACAAUCUACAGCACCGGUUUCGACGACACUGUCUUUAAAUAAUUCGAAUACUAUAAAAUUUCCGGUUAAACAACAGACAGGAAAACCGAAUCCUAUUACACCGAUGUACAGCAUAACUAACAAUCUCACCUAUGAACAAUUAUCAGUAAAAAAAGCAAAACACUCUCCCGUGUAUGACAAUGUUAAACAAACGGAAUGUAUGAAACAAUCAAUGAAGAAUACUUACGACUUGCAUGGUUCAUCGCUCUCAAGCGACGAUUUGAUAGCUAAACAACGUGGUAAAACCUGUGAUGUGGGGAAAAUGCCGAUCAUAUUUUAUUAUCCUGAACCAUCUGAUAGUAAAAUAAAAGUAAAGGCCAUGCUCGAACGGAAUGACCCAUGUUUGAAAUAUGUCAAUGAUGGAGCUGCAAUACGUAAUCCAUUUGCUAUUGAUCGAAAAACUCAACUGAUGCAUUUAACUUCACUACUAUGUGUCAAACUCGAUAACAGUACAUAUUUAUGCAAAGGAUGCAACCGUACAACCCGACGUUUAAGACCAAUGCAACAACACUUAUUAUCACAUAGUGCAAGCAAAUUUAACUUGUGUGUUAAGUGCCUGAAAGGUUUUAACGAUAAAUACGAUAUGAAACGUCACACACGCAAACAUACACUUGUACGCCCAUAUGUUUGUCCAGAAUGCGGACGAUCAUUUAGUCAGCGUUGUUCAUUAGAAGGUCAUCGACGUAAAAUACACAGGAUUCAGCUGAAUUAUUCACCAAAUCAACGUCGUGAAAUAGUACGUGUUUGUGAAACAUGUGGUUACUCAUGUCCAAAAUUAUAUGAUAUGUUACAACAUACAUUAAACAAUCACCCUAACAGUAACUGUUUACCAAGACUACGACGUCAACUAAUCAGAUAUAAAGAAAAAUUUCAAAAUAUUUUAUCUGUAUCAGAUGACAACAAUCAAGCUUCGAAUAUGAAAAAUUCUCUAGAAGAAAACUGUAGUCGGUCUUGCAUAUCACCAUGUUCAACACAACCAUAA